AUGUCCUGCACCGAAGGAUCUGGCAAGAGCCACAAGGAAAUCCCAGGCGACCCGCGGACAGUGAAGAGCCAAGUUUUGGAGACCGGAGCAUCGAUGAUCCAAGACUUCACUCCAGUCAAACAGAUCUGUGCCCAUCUCAAUGCGUUUCACACCUACGCCACUGACCCAACCCGCUGCGUUGAGGCCAAUCAUUACUGUACACAUCUCACAGAGGACGUGCGACAAUGUUUGAUAUAUGACUCACCCGAGAAAAACGCGCGCCUUCUCGGCGUGGAGUACAUGGUUUCGCCGCGAAUUUUCGCAACCCUCCCAGAAGAAGAGCGUAAGCUCUGGCAUACUCAUGAGUUCGAGGUCAAGAGCGGGAUGCUCAUUAUGCCUGCGCCAGCUGGAGUUCCCAAUUCAGUAUGGGAGACUGCUGAGACUGCUGAGAUGCAGGACGUUGCACCGAUAUAUGGGAAGACUUAUCAUUUCUGGCAGGUAGACCGUGGCGAUCCUGUUCCUAUGGGCCCGCCGCAGUUGAUGGGAAGCUUUAUAUCGCCUGAGAGUGUAGAAGUGGCCAAGCCUGGAGGGCUGGAUGAAUUGCUUGCGGAAAGAGACGCAAGGUUCGGGGUGGACUAUCGCCAGAAGGCGAAGAAAAGGGAAGGUAUCGAGCCGGGACCGAGAGGUCACAUGACCGUCAUCCAACAUCCGCGGAAGUCAGUUGUUGGAGCUCUUGAUGAUAGCUCUCACCACAUGGAGAAACUUCUCCGGUCUACGCUUAGGCUUGCGAAUGUUCGCACUGCCGGUCGGCUUGCGCUCAAUGGCGCCGGCACCUUCUGUGCGUGCUCACUGAUCUGGGAGCAUCUGAUCACCGUCCAGCUCAGCGCGGGUCCUUCAAUGUACCCGACUUUCGACGUACGCGGCGAUUGGCUGUUGAUUUCACGACUUCACCGCAAUGGAAAGGGGAUCGAGGUUGGCGAUAUUGUGCGAUUCGGCCACCCGAACUUCCAGGGCGUUCACGUCGCGAAGCGGGUGGUAGGCAUGCCUGGAGAUUUCGUUUGUCAGGACCAGCCACUCAGUUCGGAGAUUGGCAAGGACCAGAAUAUGAUACAAAUCCCCGAGGGCCACGUCUUUCUAGCCGGCGACAACCUUCCUUGGUCCAGAGAUUCACGAAAUUACGGUCCUGUUCCCAUGGGCCUCAUUAAUGGAAAGAUAAUCGCACGAGUCUGGCCACCGUCGAAGGCGGAAUGGAUACAAAAUCCGCUACAGCCUGCGCGAUUGGAGGGCAGCAUCUGA